UACUAACUAAACAAUUUAAUUUUGUAGUCCGAAAUUUCGGUUAACCCGUAUGUUUAUUCUGAUAAUUCUUGCAAAGCCAUGACAAACUUCCACAUUCAACUGCUGUCCGACAAAUGCGUGGUUCUCGUGGAGGCCCCGGGUCACGAGUCGGAGAUCUUUCUACCCGAGAUGCACCAGGCUGGCAUCGUUCUGGAGAACAUUAUACGUAGUCGUCGGCCGAUUCGAAAACACGGAUUUUGCGAGGAAGCAACCCAGGGUCAAGGUCAGAUCAUCCAGCGCCCUCAGAUUCGGCGGCGAGUGACGACGGCGACGGAUGGUCUGGCCCCCUGGGAUGCUUCAAUCGACGGGGGUCCAUUCACGAGAGCCGCGGAAGAAGAAUCCAGCUGCCGGCAGUUUUCCCUCAAGCUAAUCUCAAACGGCAGCUUGGUGCUCGUCGAGUGCCCACCCCUCGAAUCGGAGAUAUUUCUACCGAAACUUUGCGGAAACUACAUCGCCAUGAAACGCAUAGCCGGCCAAGAAAUGGUGAAAAGUUCUCACCUGCGAUCCAGUCUCCACAUCCUGGCCAUUCAACCACCCAAGACCGACAGUCAACGGCUUCAUCCUACAAAAAAACGAAAAAAUCGCAAAAUCUAG